GAGGGGAAGGGCCGCAAAAAUGUCAAACUACUUCACUUGACGCGAGAUGGAUUCUCUCUCUUUGACUCAGUACUCACAGAAUGUUGAUAAUAUUUUUAAUUAGCCAGACUCUGUAGUGUUUCACAGCUCUCCUAACACAACAAUGGACCCUAACGUUAUGGAGAUAAUAGAGGAAUUCAUGGAGAGUGCGUUGGCGCAAUGGGUUCAGCUGUUUGAGAAGAUGGUGGAAAGGGAGGAUGGCAUCCAGCUGUACAGUCAGUAUAUGGAAGUGAACUCAAUUUCCCAGAGUGCCCGGGAUCGCUACCUAAGGCUGACGAAUGGGAUUUUUCUCAAUGAAGUCAUGAGGGUCAUAGACCCAAACCCCAAGGUGGAGCGGCUGUACGACAGUGGGAGAGAUGACCACAUGCUGAGAGUACAAAACUUUUCUAUUUUAAAUCGGCACCUCAGAGCCUUCUACCAGGAAGACCUGCAGCAGUUGAUACUGAUGCCUCUCCCAAACGUUGCCAUUCUGGGGCAGGACCCCCUAACAGAGGCAGCUGUGGAAGAGCUCAGGCGACUGCUGCUCCUCCUACUAGGAUGUGCUGUGCAGUGUGAGAGGAAGGAGACAUUCAUUCAGCAGAUCCAGUCUCUGGACAUUGAGACACAGGCAGCCAUCGCCAGCUGUAUUCAGCAGGUGACUCAGGAUCCUCUCAUGGUGCUGCCGCUGCAGUGGCAGGAGCUGAUGGAGGUGGAAGGUGAAGACUUACAGCUGGUGUUCAGCUCCAUGGCCAAACAGAUCCAAAGCCUACUGGCACAGAGAGACACCCACCUGGAGAGGAUGGCAGAGCUGUGUCGGGAGCGGGAGGCCCAGGCUGACUCCACCAUAGCGCCCCUGGGUGGUCACAGCGAGGAGCCACCCCAAGGUCUGGCACUCCAGCUGGCAGAUAGCAAGGCCAAACUCCGUCGCCUUAAACAGCAACUGGAAGAUAAAGGUGAUCAGAUAUUGGAUUACAAGCAGGAGAUACAAACCAUGGAGGAACAGCUCAAGAAACUUCAGAAAGAGAACCGUUCUCUGCAGGGUGAAGUGAGGGGCAUGCGUGCACUGCGGGAUGAGCUGGACUGCGCACGAGAGCGGGCUACACGGGCCGAGCAGCUCCAGACUGAGCUUCAGAGCUGUAAACACAAAUUGCGCAGCCUGGAGCUCACACGCACUCAGCUGAAGGAGCAGCAGCAGCUGUGUGGAGCACUGCAGGAGACCAAAGCUCUUCUGGAAGAACAGCUGGCGGGCGCACGGGCGCGUUGCUCCUUGCUAAGGGAGCUGGAGAGGGACAAUCUUCUGUUGCGUCAGAAAAUCAUGGACGUGGAAGUGGAGCGGGACACCGAGAGGCAGCGAGUUGAUGAGCUGUUGGAAAUGAACAUGAGCCUUGAGGCAGACCUGAGGCACAGCAGCAGCGGCGUUGGCAGAGUUCCUGCCCCAGUCGCUGCGCUUCACCAAAGUAUUCUCCAAUCAGAGCUGGACUCUGACGAGGAGCUGAACAAACUAAUUGAUCAGAAGCCGCUUAGUGUGGAAGUGGGCGAGGCUUCAACGCUGAGGCUGCUGGGAGCAGAGCAGGAGAACGCAGAGCUGAGGAGACGACUAGAGGAGCUUCAGGCCCAGCAGGAGGCUGAUUCACCAGAUGCAAAGGAUGAGCUGGCUUGCCUGGAGAUGGAGCAUCAGAACAUACUGAGGGAGAAAGAACAAAAGUUUCAAAACUUGAAGAAUGAAAAUGCUACUUUGAAGCAGCACCUGGAACAGCUCGUGGCCAAACUGCAACACCUAGAAAACAAGACAAAGGAGGAAGGAAUGAAAAAGCCAUACAGAGAGGAGGAGGAGAAGGAGGAGAGAGGAGUCCAGGGCUCCGAAUCCUGCCGGGGAGAGGGGGAAGGAAGGGUGAGGAUGAUGGAGGGGAGGGAGAGAAGAGGAGAAAUCAUAGGGGCCCACAGGGAAGCAGGAGUUGGUGAGGAGGUUCUCCAUGUUCAAGGGGGAAAAGGUGAAACAUUUGAGGGAAAGAGUGAGCCCAAAUGGAGGGGAGAGGCAGAGGGAGGGCAGAAAGAAAGGGAGAGACAGGAAAAAGAAAGUGAGCUAAAGAAAGAACAGACUGCAGGAACAACAACCUCAGAGAUGCAAAAGCAUCCAAAAAGCACAGAAGAUAACACUGAGACCAAAGCUGCAAACCAGGCUGUAUGUUCUCUGCCUGCUCCUGAUGUGGAGCUUCUGACAACCCGGCUCCAGGAUGCCCAGGAGGAGGCUGACAGGCAGGCGACUGUGGCCCAAGACCUGCGCUCCAAGCUGGGAGUGCAGAGCAGGAAAGCCUGGGAGGCUGAGCAGAGGCUGGUGGUCCUGGAGGCCGAGCUGCAGCGUCUGAAGAAGAGCGCUGAGAGUCUGGGAGAGGCCCGCAGGCAGAUAGAGGUCCUUCAGUCUGUGGGUCUGGUCAUGGAGGAGGAGCUGUGUCGCCUGCGGAGCCAGGCGGAGCUUCACAGGAUGCAGACCACGGUCAUCGCCACCCUGGAGGGAGAGCGGGCUGCAUUGGAGAGAGACAGGGACACGCUACGCGGCACGGUGGACGCCCUGCGCACCGCCCAGCGCAAGGGCGACCAGUUAAAACUCACCACCCAAGCUCUCAAAGCAGAGGUGGACCGUCAGGGGCGCAGUUUGGAGACCUCUCGUCGUCGGGAGGAAGAGCUGGAGGCAGAGCUCCGCGAGGCCAACCUGGAGGCCGAAUCUCUGGCUAGGGCACGAGACCAGGCGGUGCUGGAGGUCUCGCGCCUGGAGCAGGAGAAGGAGGUGUGUCAGUCAGAGCUGGAUGGCCAAAGGAAAGAGGGGAGGCAGAGAGAGAGGGAGGCAGUGAGACUGAGACAGCAGCUGGAGAGCACAACCCUGGCCCUGGAGCACAGCAACCAGAGAGCUCGAGCUCUGGAUGUUGAGCACAGAAGUGUGUGUCAGCAGCUGUCUGAGUCUAAGGAGCUCUGCACUCGGCUGCAAGACCUGGAGAAAGACUUAAGCACUCGUUUAAGCAGCAUGGAGGAGGGUAAACAGCAGCUGCAGGAGCAGUACGCAGACGCUCAGGCCAAGAUUAGCUCACUGACCCAGGACCUUUCCAAUGAGCAGGCACAUUCUCGGGAACUGUCCACUGAAGUUGAAUGUCUGAUCCAGAAACUACAAAAGGCCAACGCUGAACAAAAGGUGGCUAAAGAUUCUCUCAACAAAUCGCAGGAGAGAAUAGAGUCGCUCUCCCAGUGCCUUAGGGAAAGUGAAUCUCUCCUCCAGUUGGAAAAGCAAAGAAGAAGCGUGGAUGUGGACGUUACGUCUAAUUCAAAUUCAGACUUGUCAAACAAAACGCAUAGUCAGUCACACUCCCAGGAGACGACACCUCUGGAUCAAUCCCCUGAGGCCAGAAAAGGUCAUGACCUUUCUGUGACCCAUGAUUAUGGCACAGGAGAGACAGAGAGGCAGCUGAGUGAGAGGUUGGCAGAGUUGGAAAAAGAGAAAGCAGUGGUGGUUGCAGGACAGGAGGCUUUGUUGUCGCGGUUGUCCCAAUCCCAGGAGGCAUGCGAGCACCUUAAGGAGCAGCUGGAGGCUCUGCGCCGGCAUUCCCUCAGCCUUCAGGACUCCUGCACCAGACUGCAGUCACUUAACACCCAGCUACAGGUGGACCAAGCAUCACUGAGCUCCCAGCAUUCAGCGGUGCUAGCGCGCUGCAGCGAGAGCGAGGCCCGGUGUGCGUCUCUGGAGGCCGAGUCAAAAGUGUGGGCGCGGGAGCGGGAGGAGUCAGUGGCCAGGGCGGAGGCUCUGAGGCGGGAUCACGAGCGGAUGAUGGCGCUGCAGCAGCGACAGGAGGUGGAGCUGGAGGAGCUGCUGGACAAGCACUCUCAGCUGAGGAGAGAUAACCGCAGCCUGGAGGCCCAGCACAGGGAGCUGGAGGCCAGGUACAAGGAACUCCUGGACGGUAAAACCCAUCUGCAGGAGAGAGAGCGGGAGAUGAAGAUGGAGAAAGAGGAGAUGGAGGCAGAGGCCCAGAGGAGACUGGAGAGAGAACGAGAGCUGGAGAGGCUGAAAGAAGACAACGAGAGGCUGCAGGCCCACCAGAAGGAGUGGUUGGCGUCACAGGCAGAGCUCUUGGCUCAGGGCUCGAUGCUGAAGGGGGAGCUGAGUGCCUCCCAGCUGGAGCGGACUCGACUGGAGGGCGAGCUCAGCACCCUGAGGGAAACCAACCAGAGCCGGGACCUCAGCAACGCCCGCCUCACCAGCCAGUACCAGCUGUUGACCCAGCUGAAGGGGAACAUGGAGGAGGAGAACCGACAGUUAGCCGAGCAGAACCAGAGUCUGCUGAAGGAGAACCGGGCCUUACUGGAGCAGAGCUUGGAGCGCCGAGACCAGCACUAUUCACAGCAGAGGGAGUACCAGGAGAAGCUGAGUGAGCUUCGGCGGGAGAAGCAGAAGUUGGUGGAGAAGAUUAUGGAUCAGUAUAGAGUCCUCGAGCCGAGCAUGCAACCUCCAACCAUCAAGGCCAAGAAAUCUAACUGGAUUGCAGACAGGAUGAAGAAGCUAAUCAAACCCCGCGGAGGAGGACGAGAGGGGCGCACCCUCUUCACCGCUGCGGGCAGCGUGGAAAACCUGGCUGACAGCACUGAAUUUACAUCAGACAUACACUCACCUCAGCCUGAUCCCCGCAGUGCUCCAGUCUCUCCCUCUCCCUUGAGAAAAGCUCCUUCCCAGACUGAUAUUUCAGUUCCUGGGACCCCGGCCCUGCGUUCUGGCUCCGGGGGCCGUCGUAAACUGGGAUCCCGUCACGGCUGGGGGUUGGGCUUGGCCAGAGGAGGCUCUGGAGUUUCCCAAUCCUUCAGUCCUGGUGACAACAAGACACCUCCCCGCCAGCGGCUGCGCUCCCACCAGCCCAACAGCCCCACUGUCCUCUGGGAGGGAGAGAGAGGCGAAGCGAAUACACCUCAGGCAGCAGACGCGCCGAUGACCAGCCAGGAGAGUGUUGAGGAGGAUGAAGGGAAAGGUGAGGAAGAGAGAGUGGAAUGAGGGAGAUGGGUUUUUAUGUCUGUGCACUUUAGAACUGUCAACCCUUACCAGUCUGAUUUUCAGUAAAAGAAGGAAAACUGAAAAAUAGUGAGAUUUAAAAAAAAAAAUGUUCAUGUUCAGUUAAAUAAAGAAAUACAUUACCUGUUUGGAUGGAUAGUUUUAAAGUGUGCAUGUUCGCCAGUGUGCUAUAUGCAGCUUUUCGAGACGGAACUAUGGUGCAACAAGUUAAAUGUCAAGCUGAAUAAAAAUUGGAUUGUAAAUUGAAA